AGCAGAGCUCUUCUCUCGUGAUACCUAGCAAAGAAGAAGCGCACAGGAAUCAUGAUUGCGCUCUAAUAUGGAAUAGGUAGGCAAGAGGGAUUUUAGGAGGAGCUGACGUAUCUUGUCUUCUCAAAAACCCCUUCAAAGCAGCACGUGCAAGGAGGUUCUCUCAUGCUGCCCCCUCGAAACAGAAUGCUGGGUCUUAUCCUGCAUUGUAAUCGCUGUUUGACUACAGUCACGUCGCUUUGACCCAGCUGUUCUGUAGUAUGACGUCUGUCCAGCAGUGCCUAUUGACCGUUCAGCUGAGCAGCGGCGUGCGACCGCUUCCGCCGGACUUUGUUCCGCACCUAGUUGCAGCUCCGUUGGGAAAAGAGGAUGGGCCUGUGUUUGCAUUUGGGCAGCAGCCAAUGGCGUACAACCAGGUGGCGGGCCUGUGGCACCUCGCAUUCAUCGCACCGCAGAAUGCAGUUGGCGGCUUCCUCUUCUCCUUGACCACCAACUCAACAACCGUCCAAGAAACACGCGACGAGCCUCGCAGCCUCGCUCUUUACCUGCGUGGGCCCCCGCCAACUGGCGACUCCGCCAGCUUUUCUGUUGGGGCCAACAAGACAGACUCUUUGCGAUGCACCGUCGUCGUUGCUGCCGAACCUGUAAGCGCGUUCGAGCUGGGGGGAUGCUUGCACUCUCCUGCACAGGACAAUCAGGGGGAUGCAUUUGAAAUUGGCAGCCCUGGAGAGGACAGUCUUCUUACAAGCUAUGAUAGAAAGGAUGCCGACAGCCCCACCCUCCCCUACCUCGCCAACUCGACGGAGGAGCCCCGUCUGCUGCGCUCCAUCUCAGAGCCUGCGCGCGCCGGUUUCAACUCGCUCUCGCGGCUAAAAUCGGCGAUGGGCGCGCGCGUGCUGAGCGUGAAAGACCUCCUGGUGCUGGAAGAGGGGUCCGAGGAAGGGGCGUCGGAGGAGGAGGGCGAAGAAAUUGACGAGCCGGGGACCGCCACGUCAGCAGGCAGCAGCGCCGAGGAUUGGUCUCCCCCCUACCAAGCGCACAGCCAGUUCAACGCGUUUGAUUUGGCCCACGAGCUCGACCCCGUCCUCAGCCGCGCGCCGUCGCUGAAGCGCGAGAACCUGCCCCCGCACGUGCAACGCUCGCUGUCUUCGUCGUGGGAGUUUUCCAACCCGGGGUCGCCGCACAAGCGCUUCCCGGUGGAGGAGGAGGAUCAGACGGACAUGCCGGCCGCAGCUGGAGCGGUCGCUGCGGCGGCCAUCUCGGAGCGGAUGGACGGGCCCAAAGAGAAGCGGAAACUGGCCAUCAUAUUAGUCGGGCUACCUGCGAGGGGGAAGAGCUACACGGCUGCCAAGCUGACGCAGUAUCUACGGUGGCUGGGUCACGAGACGAAGCACUUCAACGUCGGCUCGUUCCGGCGGCAGAUGCACGGGGCAGGUCACACCGCCAGCUUCUUUGACCCAGAUAACGAUGCGGGCCAAGAAGCCCGGCGCGAGGCCGCUGUCGCGACGUUCCAAGCGAUGCUGAAGUGGUUCGACGAGGGGGGGCAAGUCGCGUGCUUCGACGCGACCAACUCAUCGGCGGCGCGGCGGCGCAUGCUGCUAGAAAUGGCGGAGGGGCGCUGCAAGGCAAUCUUUUUGGAGAGCAUAUGCGACGACGCUUCUCUGGUGGAGCGCAACAUCCGGGAGAAGGUGCGGACGAGCCCGGACUACGCGGACUGGCUCGACAAGGAGGCCGCAGUCCGAGACCUCGAGAGCAGGAUCGCCAACUAUCAAAAGGCGUACGAGCCCGUGAACGAGGGCAGCUGCAUCAAGCUGAUCAACAUGGUGCACGGCUCGGGGGGCCAGAUCCAUGUCAAGAACAUCAGCGGCUAUCUUCCCGGGCGGAUUGUCUUCUACCUGGUAAAUGUGCACAUCACGGCCCGCCCCAUCUUCCUAACCCGCCACGGGGAGAGCCAGGACAACGUGGAGGGCCGCAUCGGAGGGGAUCCCCCUCUGUCCUCCCGGGGGGAGGCUUAUGCCCCCAAACUCGCGGAAUUUUUACACAAGCGGUUGAAGCAGGAGCCGGCGGCGUCCGUUUGGACGUCCACGCUGCAGCGGACGCUGCUGACCGCGCGUUACAUCGUGGGGUAUCCCAAGGUGCAAUGGCGCGCGCUGGACGAGAUCGCUGCGGGCGUUUGUGACGGGAUGACGUAUGGUGACAUCAAGGAGAAGAUGCCUGAGGAGCACAAAGCCAGGAAACGAGACAAGCUGCGCUAUCGUUACCCCGCUGGCGAGUCGUACCUUGACGUCAUCCAGCGGCUGGAGCCCGUCAUCAUCGAACUAGAGCGGCAACGGUCUGCUGUCGUGAUAGUUGCGCACCAAGCCGUGUUGAGGGCGCUGUAUGGCUAUUUUGCCGACAAGCCGCUAAAAGAAGUCCCGCACAUAGACAUGCCGUUGCAUACGUUGAUCGAAUUGGUGCCAGGAGUUGGGGGAAUGACCGAGAAACGGUACAACUUGCUCCCGUGAGGAUUUUGGUAGCACAGUAAGACGCUUCGCCUGGAGAGUCGAUCCAUUGAGAGUCAUGCCGGAAAGGGCAAAGGCGGUGAGCUAUCGAGGUAGACUACGUUGUUGACCAUUUUAAGUUGGCAUGAGGUAGAACGGGAAUAGUGUUCGCUUUGCUGAGUUGCUAGACCGAGUUGUGAAUAUCCGACUUGAUGUGUGAUCAAGAGAGGACGGUCACGGAGAAUCUAAGGUCGAGCCGGCGAGCCUCUUUGGAAAAUAAGUUAUCUUGUCCUUAAAUGACCAGCAGCAAGAUGUCGGAGCUGAAGUGACAGACGUGGCAUACUUAUUCUCCGUUGUAACAGAUGAUGCAAAGAGUGCGAAGAUUUUGGACUUACGAACUUAAUUUUCUUCAGCAUUCGCAUUGUAUGGGUUGGCGCUGCUCCGAUCAACGCUGUCGCCACGUCUUCGUAUUGGACCGGUGCAGCGAAAUUA